AUGUGGGACUCAAGGAUGCGAGAAACCAUGAAUAAAAUGACGUCACUUUUCAUUGGAACAUGCCGCAAAGUGGUAGAGAACAAAGAAUUCUUGGAUUGGUUGACAUCUCAAAAGUUCGAUCUUGCCUUUGCUUACAUGGCGGAUGCCUGCCCAAUUGGUCUUGUUCACUACGCGAAAAUACCUUCAUGGAUUUGGUUGAGCAGUGCUGGUUUGAUAGAUUUCGCGGCGUAUUACACGGGAGCACCGAUGAUUCCUAGUUACAUUCCACCUAUACUAAUGGAAAGCACGGAUGAGAUGAAUUUUUACGAGAGGACGAAAAGUUUUAUUGGACAAAUUCUCUUCACCUUCUUUUGGAAGAGCAAGUUAGCUGAUCCGCAAACAGCAAUUUAUCGGGAGAUUGAUCCAAACUUUCCUCAUCUAGCCGACCUGGCAAAGAAAGCCCCAUUGGUGAUGGUUAACUCAAAUGAACUCUACGAACUUCCACGUCCAACAUUGGCAAAAAUCGUAAAUAUCGGAGGUAUUGGAAUGCAACUCAAGGAUGCUCGACCAUUGACUCCUGUAGGCGCAGUAUUUCUGAAGAUAAACUGUAAACUGGUGUCGCUCAGAUCGCUGAUGCGCUAG